UAGGUCAAUGAAAAAAAUGGCUUAGCAGCUCGUAUGUGCCGUGGCAAGAAAUAAUUUUUAAUUUAAAUGGCCUUCAGUGAUUUAUGUCACAUAAGUAAUGCGUAUAAAGCCGUCGAAAAUGAAACAGAUCAGUCGGAACGCAUUAUGGAAGAAAACUCAAUGGUCCGAGAUCUUAUCACAAAGAUCCUUGAUGAGACCGGACCCUCAGAAGGGAGCAGCUCUAUACAACCACAGGAAAAAACGCUAAGUACAGCUACAAACGCACAAUAUCCCAAAAAUGAACCUACAGCAUCAUUUAUACCACCUUCCUUUAACUUCCAAGAUCCAUUCAACUUCGCUCAAAAUGCCCAGACUGAACAACAUGGCUUCAACUUCAACACACAAAAUGGGUUUGGAAAUGGUUAUGUUAACUACCCUGAAGAAAACCUUCUCAUGGACCCUGUGGGGGAGCCAGAAGUGUCACAAGAACAGCUGAAUUUGCUAAGAUUAGCAGCUCAAGAAAUCGGUGGUGCACAGUUUACCAGUCCCAACAAAUAUGAUGAUAAUAAAUACUAUAACUUCUUUGAACCUAACCAAAGGAAUUCCCUGCCAGAAAUGAAUAUGUACAGUAACAACUUUAGACCAAACAGUCUGAAUUUAGAUAAUAAUUUCACAAACAUGGACUAUGCUCAAAGGUACCCCAAUAAAUUUGACAAUUAUGCCAAAGAGCAGAAUCAAGAGCCAGCAGACCUACUGGCUUAUUUAAACCAGCUAAACAUAAAUGUUAAUACAUUAGACCGCUCACCAGAUGUACCAAUGGACUUUAAAGGACAAAUGGAAAAUGGUCACUUCCAUAAUGACGAGUUCAAUAAAAUGCAAGACGAAAGGAACAAGAUGUUGUUCAACAGAAACUUCCAGCAACCACCAAAAUUUAAUGGCGAAAACAAUUUCUACUUAAAUGAAAUGAUGAAGCAGAUGGGAGACCGACCCCCACAGAACUUUGAUUUCCAGAACACACCACCGAAUUAUAAGCCUAAUGGGUUUCAUCAAAACGAUUUUAUGCAGAGGCAGAACCAGAUGAUGCCUAGAGAGAAUUUUCAGGGCAAUAUGGAUCAGAGGGGCAACUUUGAGGGCCAGAACAAUGCACAGCAGGCCAUGAUGAGGCAACAGGAGCUGGCUCGGCAGAUGAACAUACUCAUGAGGAAUCGGCCGCCUCCUAACCAGUUAAAUGUUGAUGUCUCUUUCUUGCAUGAAAACACACCUUUUAACCUUGGUUUAGGAGCUUUAUUGGGGCCUAGUCCACCAGUGCAACCGCCAGUGUUACCAUCGCCAAUGAUGGAUUUACCUCUACUAGCGCCUUUCUACACUAUGAGAAACAUCAGAGGGGCAGCGACGUCCUCAGGCAUCCUGCACGCGCGGCUGGACGCGUGCUACGAACAGUGGCGGCAGCUGGAGCGCGAACGCAAGCGCACCGAGGCCCGGCUCGCACUGGCCUACCCCGGCCGGGCUGUGUCUUCGUCCAACUCCAUCCCUGUGCCGAGGCUGCCGCCCUGUCCUACAAGGGUCGAUCGUCUGACUGUUGACAUGCUCAGAGAACACACUAAGGUGCUAACCCUUAUGGGCAAGAUGGAAACCCUCCGCGCCAGCGUCUGCGUCGCACAAAAGAAGGCCAACAAAGAAGACGCCAAGAUCACGGUGCUUAAGCGCGGCCAGGACCAGCCCGAGCCCAAGCACGUGGACCCCGACUCCUUCCAGCCCGCCUCCUGGAAGGACGACGUCAAGAAUCUCUCAGAAAUCGCGCCGCACAGCGAGGUGGAGAGCGCUAUGCUGUCGUGGCGCAGCGCCGUGGCCGCCGUGCAGGCCGCGCGUCGGCGUGAGCUCGCGCAGCCGCGCUACAUCCGCACUGACCCGAUCCUGCAACUAGCGGAAGCGGUGAAGCAGCUGGGCGUGUGCGCGCGGCGCGCGCGCUGCGCCAUGUGGUGCGACCUCACGCUCACCGUGGCGCUCGCGCCGGCGCCCGCGCAGCUCGCCAACCCGCAGCCCGCUAGCACGGCCGGCACCGCCGCGAGUCAGAAGCAGCCGCAAGCUCAGCAGCCGUCGCCGAAGUCGACCCCCGAAGCCUCAAACCCCCAGCGCAAAGCAAUUCCAAACCUGCCACCGAUGUUAAAGACGAUAAACCCAACGACGCUUCAAUAAAGACCGAUGCGAAGCCCGAAACAAACAACAACAAAACGAGCACGACCAACAAGCAGGCCGAGAAGGACAAGAGCCAGCGCAAGACGCAGAACUACCGCCACAAGCUCAACCAGGGCCGCCAGGACUUCUACCAGAAGAACCACAGGUACGAUACCCGCUUCAUGCAGAACCGACACCCCUACUACUUGGCCACCGGCCCCAUCAACUAACAGAUCAUCGAAAUAGUACAACAUAUAAGUUAGGGAACAUGACUUAACU